AUGUGGGUGAAACCUUCAGAAGUUCUGGUAACAGGAUUUUGGUCUACUGAUCGAGCUAAUCCAUAUUUUGCAUUACAACGUCGUCGAGGUCAUGAUGAAGCAUACAGUGGUAUUACCAGUCUUUUUGUUGCUACCAUUGAUUCUGUACUCGAUAGCAAAACAAAUCGUUAUCGAAUUCUUCACCAAAGACCUGAUUCUGAAGUUUAUCAUUUAAUUGCUGAAGCAGAUACAAAAGAAGAAAUUGAAGAACAUUGGAAAUGGAUUGAAGAACAUUUAAUGCCAACACUUGGAGGAAUCGAUGCAGGUGUUGAUGUAACUGAUUAUGUAGCAUGUAAAAUAAAAAGUUUAUGUGCACAAAUUGAUGAAGAUGAAAUAGAUGAUUUCGAAUCUGAAAAAUUCAAAAAUGCUACAAAAAAAUUCCACAAAUUAUUUAAUGUACCAACAGAUGAGAAACUUGUCACAUAUUAUUCUUGUUCUUAUUGGCGUGGUCGUGUACCUCGUCAAGGUUGGCUGUAUUUAUCUGUUAAUUAUUUAUGCUUUUAUUCAUAUUUAUUGGGUAAAGAUAUAACUAUUGUACUUAAAUUUACUGAUAUAACUUCACUCGAACGUGUUCAAGCAUAUUUAUCAGAAACAAUACGUGUUGGUACACGUUUUCAUGUUCAUGAUUUUUCAAUGUUUCGAAAUAUUGAAGAAACAUAUCAAAUGAUGGAACAAUUAGCAAAUUUUGCUGCUAAAAAAUUAUUAUCUGAAAAAGGUGCUUUUCGUGAAGAAGAUUUCUUUCCUGCUGUGACUAAAAAAACUGCACCCAAAGUAAUAUCACAAUUAAAACGUGAUCUUGAUGCUAAAACUCGCAGUGAAAUUUAUCGAUGUCGAUUUCGUUUACCAUUAAUUGAACGUUUAGAUGGUGAAGAAACAUGUCAUCUAUGGACACCAUAUAAUCGUUCAAAUGUAUCUGGUAAACUUUAUAUAUCAUCCAAUUUUGUAUGUUUUGCUAGUAAAGUUUAUCAUCAAGUCAAUUUAACUAUUCCAUUUCGUGAUAUAAUGGUUGUUGAAAAACAACCAGAAAAUUCAAAUUUACCAACUAUUGAAACACAAUCUGCAUUAUUAAUAAUAGCAAAAGAACGAGCUGGUACAUUUAGUUUUUCAAAUUUUUAUGAUCGAGAAUUCGUUCUUAAUAAAUUAUCACAUUUAUUAUCACAAUAUAAUGAAACAAUACUUCCAAAUAUUGAUAUACCAACAAUAGCUCUUUCUUCUCCACUUUAUUUGCAAUUUAACUCUAAUGAUACUGAAGAACGACAAAUACAAGAAAAAUUAAAAGAAGAUCUAUGGAAUACACAUUUUGCAAUAUAUGGAAGAGGUGCAACAAUGUAUAGAACAAAUGAAUUAUAUGAAUUAAUAUUUCAAGGUAUACCCGAUUCAUUACGUAAUGAAUUAUGGUUAAUAUUUAGUGGUGCUAUUCAUGAAAAAGCAGCAAAUUCAAAUAUUUAUCAAAAAUUAGUUCAUGAAUCAUCACUUGUUAAAACUGACCAUGAUUCAACAAAUGAUGAAAUUGAACGUGAUCUUUAUCGUGCAUUACCUGAUCAAAAAGCUUUUCAACAUGAAGCAGGUAUUAGUGCACUACGACGAUUAUUACGAGCAUAUGCACGCUAUUGUCAAGCUAUGAAUAUUAUUGGCGGUGUACUUUUACUUCAUAUGAAUGAAGAAGACGCAUUUUGGACAUUAGCAGCAUUAUGUGAACGUCUUUUACCGGACUAUUAUAAUAUGAAAGUAGUUGGUGCAUUGAUAGAUCAAGGUGUCUUUAAUGAUUAUUGUAACGAAUAUUUACCAGAUUUAUAUGACAAAUUAAAAGUUAUUGGUAUUGCUGCUUGUGUAAGUCUUUCAUGGUUUUUAACAUUAUUUAUUUGUGUAAUACCAUUUGAAUCUGCAUUAUAUGUAAUUGAUGUAUUUUUUUAUGAUGGUAUAAAAGUUCUUUUUCAAUUAGCAUUAACAAUAUUAAAAGAAAAUCAAGAUCGUCUAUUACAAUGUCAAGAUGAUGGUGAUGCUAUUAUGAUAUUAACAUCAUAUUUAGAUGGUAUAACUGAUGAAAAUAUAAAUGAAAAUGAAAAAGAAAAACAAAUAGUAUAUUUAAUAAAAAAAUCUUAUAUGGAUUAUAAUACUAUUAAUGAAGAGGAUAUAAAUCGUUUACGUUUAAAACAUCGUUUAAAAGUUGUACAAACAAUGGGUGAAUCAAUAUUACAAUCAGCUGCAAAGAAUACAUUAAAAUAUACAUUAUUUACUGAAUAUGAAAUAAAAGAUCUUUUUUAUGUUUUUAAAGAUGCUUCACGCAUAUCAUUAACAGAAGCAAUAGAUCCAAAAAAAUUAGCAUACGAAAUAUAUCGUAUUGGUCGUAGUGAAUAUUUAGUUUUAUGUAAAUAUUUAUCACCUUGGUUUAUUGGUGAACAUCCAGAAGAUUUAGCAAAAAAAUUAUUUGAUGUAUUUUGUACAUCAACAAAUUCAAAUGAAAUUGAUUUUAUUAAUUUUAUUCGUUUAUGGAAUAUUUUAUUAAAUGGAGAUUUUAAUGAUAAAUUAAAACUUUUAUUCAUUGCUCAUAUUGAAGAAGGAAGACGACGAGAAAAAGCAAUUGCUACUUUGCUAAAAUCAACUACAGUACUUUCCAUAUCGAUGACUAUUGAUAAUAAUAAACAAGCCGAAUCAGCAACAUCUACUGAAAUCGAUUCUUCAUCAUCGGAAACAAAAGAAGAGGAAGUUGUUAAACUUAAACCCAGCCAAUUGCCGCUAAUGAGUCAGGUACAAUAUUUGUGUCUCUUUUAA